AUGUCAAAUACUCCAGGUCGUUCAAUGUCAAGUACUCCAAUAACAACAACUACUACAACUCAAGUCAAUCUUCAUGAAUUACUGGAAAUCACUACAAAAUCUCAUUCAUUUAAACAAAAUCCUAAUAGAAAACAACCACCAAAUAGAAGAUAUAAACCAAGUCGACAAUUAAUAUCUGAUGAAUUAAAAUAUAUUCAAUCAAAAUUAAAUUCAAAUUCAAAUUCAAAUUCUAAUUCUAAUUCAAAUUCAAAUUCAAAUUUAAAAAAAUUUGAUAUAAAUACACCAACUUAUAAUUCAAUAAUGUCACCACCAAGUUUAAAACCAUCAAUGAAAUAUUGUGAUAUAACUGGAUUACCAACAAAUUAUAAAUGUCCUUCAAAUCAAUUAAGAUUUUAUAAUUUAGAAAUUUAUCAAGAAAUUAUUAAAAAUAUGCCUGCUGGAUUAGAUCAAGAAUAUUUACAAUUAAGAGGAGCUAAUGUGAUAUUAAAAUAA